AUGAAACAGUUUGAUCAAUCAGCAGACUUAUACGACCCAUUAGAUCCUUCAGCAGCAGAUCCAGGCCUGUUGAAAAAGCACUCAUCACAGAAAUCUUACACUGCCGCUGGUUUCGUUUAUCCGUCGAUUAGGACAUUCUAUCAUCCUCAUCCACAGGCCGACAAGCUUCCUACCAAGCCAACACCACUACCACUGCUCGUUUUUGUCCACGGUCUUGGAGGAAGUGCUGCUCAAUUUGCACCUUUACUGACUGGCCUUGUCAAUGCUGCACCAUGCCUUGCCAUCGAUCUUCCAGGAUGUGGCUUGUCUGAUUUCCUGCCUGAGAAACGGGAAGCAUACAAAUCGGAAGCAUUGGCAUCUUUAAUUGCUGAGGCCAUCACUCAACACAGAGAUGCAGGGAACGGACAGAAGGUAAUCUUGAUUGGUCACAGCAUGGGUUGCUCCUUGUCAACACUACUUGCUUCUUCGACAUCACCGCUAUCCCAUCUUAUUUCUGAGCACAUCGCCGGGUUUAUCGCCAUCUGUCCUCGUGCCGAGACUUUGUCGGCCAGCCAGGUAUCACGACUCCAGCACAUGCGUUAUAUGCCCAUUCCUCUUUUCGAAGUCUUCCGUUGGUGGGACAGACGAGGCGGGGCGGAAAGCGCUAGUGUCUCUCGCUAUGCAGGCAAGGAAGCAGAUUCGGAGACUAAGCGGUUACAACUACGAUUCAACGAACAAAGCAGGUCUGAAGUCUUUAUGGCGAUGGCUCUUGGUUCUAUGCCGAAGUACACAGACAACAAGGCUAUCGGGGGCUUGCCCGGUGAGGACAUCUGGUCCGGUCUUCGUGUUCCUACAUUCUGCAUUGGUGGAGAGCAAGACCAUGUAACACCACCUGAGAAUGUUGAAUUGAUUGCCAAGUGGCUGGGACGUCAGGUUCCACGAGACCAGACCAAGCCGAAACUUGAUGCUUUGCCUAGCUCUGCUGGCGAGAUACCCGUUAUUGACAACACACCAAUCGAGGAGAACGGAAAGAGUUUUGUGCCAGAGUCUACCACAACAAAGUCUGGUCAGGAUCUGGUAUCUGAAACACGGCAAGACAGUGCUACACCAGAUGUCCCGAAGAAGCCAAAGUUUGUUCUGAAGACGACAGUACUCCCAAAGCCUGCUUCUCAUGCCCUGCUUUACGCUACUUCGACGGUGCGCGUUCUCUCAGGAUUGAUCCAAUCAUUCGUCGCCAACCAUAUUGAUCACCGUCUAUCUCUCGGCUGGCAACUGCAACACUUGAGCACUGAAGGCAAAUGGGACGUGAAGAACCUUCAGAAGUGGCAAGCCAUCAAACCCGUCUCAGAACCUAUCGCAGGUAUCUUCCGAGCACAGAAGACACUGCGCGAGAUCGACGAAGAGCACACACCCGCAGUCUACGUCAAGCGAUGGGGAGCCAGAAAUGGUGUCAAGCAAGGAGUUCGCAUGGUCGUGGACAUCAGUCACGAAAGCCCUGUCUACGAUCCUAAGGGCCUUGAGGAAGGUGGCAUUGAGUACCAUAAAUUCCCCACCGUCAGCAAAUUACCGCCUACAGUAGAAGAAGUCGCGGCUUUCAUCGCCUUGAUCGACACAUUGAGAGAACAGCUCACAAAGCCUGAAGAACCAGAAGGUGCUUUGAUUGCUGUCCAUUGCCACUACGGCUUCAACAGAACCGGCUUCUUCUUGGUUAGCUACAUGGUGGAGAGACUAGGGUGGAGACUACAAGAUGCACUGGAGGAGUUUGCGGACAAGAGGGCACCAGGAAUCAGACACGAGCAUUUCGUGAAUGAGCUCUUUGUUCGAUAUAUGCUCCGCGCACACGAGAGUCGCAAAAUUCUCAGCGGCCUCCAACGCCAGUUCCCUUCGCCUUUGACCGAGACGACCUUUUCGCACGCCCACAAGACCUUACCACCGUCGACAACCCCCUUCACAACCGCCAAAAUGCCCGGUGUCUCCGUCCGCGAUGUCCCUGCCGACAAGUUCAUCCAGAACUACGCCUCUUUCUUGAAGAGACAAGGUCGUAUCGCCGUCCCUGGUUGGGUCGACACUGUCAAGACCGGUACCGCCAAGGAGCUUCCUCCUCAGAACGUUGACUGGUUCUACGUCCGCGCUGCUGCCGUCGCCCGUCACAUCUACAUGCGCAAGAACGUCGGUAUCGGCCGUCUGCGCAAGGUCCACGGCUCCCCCAAGAACCGCGGUUCCCGCCCCAGCCGUCACGUCGACGCCUCCGGUUCCGUUGACCGCAAGGUCUGCCAGUCCCUCGAGAAGAUUGGUGUUCUCGAGCUCGACGAGGAGAAGGGUGGCCGCCGCAUCACUCAGUCUGGCCAGCGUGAUUUGGACCGUAUCGCCAUGUCCACCCUCGAGGCUGAGCAGGAGGAGGAUGACGAGUAA